UUCUUUCGGAAGGUAACUACUGACCGCUGCAGCAAGCUUCAAAUUCUGGGGCAGACCUCGAUUGGAUGCGCGGUCAUGUCAUAGAGGUUGGCACGCAAGUCAUCAGUGCCGACCAUUGGAAAGGAAUCUCUCCAGUACCAUAUGUCGACUCCAACUAAGAAUCGACAGCAUCAGAGCUGCCCUUCUCCUGCUCUGGUUUGCUUACCGACGCCCACCUUCAGUAAAUAAUCUGUACGUAUAGCAGUUGCAGUGCUAUAUGUUACAGAACUUUCCUUCCAUGUACUGUUUCCCACAGUCAACCUGUUCAGGUAUCUGGAUGCGUGGAGUGCUUGGCACGCUUGUAUCAUGUUCUGGUUACGGUCGGUGCUUUCCCUACCUAAAUCCUCUCUUUCCAUAGGACGUAUGAGUUCUGGUGUAGAGUUUCGGUAAGGCAGAGGACCACUAGGGCAAGAUCCUUUUGUCUGCAGAGGUGGGUAAAGUAUAUGGCUGCUGCAGACCUGAUCUCAACCUUUUCUUCUUCUGGGCGGUGGCUGUGCCCAUUAAAAAGUGGAAGCUCCAUAAAACAAUCACUCUUCGAUACCUGGAUCAGGAUUUGGCUUAAGGGCUCCUGUACCUCCCAUCCCUGAACUUUCCGCCGCGUGAUCUGAUGGAUGUUAUUGCCUUUACUGUCGUUGCACCGCCAAAACAAAAUCCUGGUCCCGAAAAUGAAUACGAGUUCGUCAGAAUUGCUUUUUGAGAAGCCUUUCUGAGAGAGUGGUCCCUGGUCCUUCGCUGAUGAUAUUCGUAGACGAAGCUGGAUCAUUUUUUCCUGCGAUCAAUCAUUCUCCUUGGGAUGGUGUGGCCCUUGCUGAUUUUGUCAUGCCAUUUUUCUUGUUUAUAGUUGGAGUUGCACUUGCACUUACAUACAAGAGAGUCACAAACCAAGCCGUAGCAACUUGGAAAGCAUUACUUCGAGCACUGAAGCUCUUUGUUGUAGGUCUCGUUGUUCAAGGUGGCUAUUUCCAUGGUCUUCACAAUUUAACUUAUGGAGUUGAUAUUUUGAGUAUUAGAUGGAUGGGUGUACUACAGAGGAUAGCGAUGGCCUAUCUGUUAGUUGCAAUAUGCGAAAUCUGGCUUAAAAGUGACGAUGUUGUUGAUUCUGGAUAUUCCUUGGUCAGGCGAUACCGAUUGCAAUUGCUGGUGGGUUUGAUUCUUACGAUCAUGUACAUGGUUCUUCUCUAUGGUUCGUAUGUUCCUGAUUGGGAGUACCAGAUUCCAGGGCCAGGCUCCACGCCAAAGACCUUAUCAGUGAAAUGCGGAGUGAGGGGUGACACAGGACCUGCCUGCAAUGCCGUGGGAAUGACCGACCGCCAAAUUUUUGGCAUCCGACAUCUACAUAGACGUCCUGUUUAUGAAAGGACAAAGCAAUGCAGCAUAAACUCACCAGCUAGUGGCCCACUACCACCUGAUGCUCCUUCAUGGUGCCAAGCUCCUUUUGAUCCUGAAGGAUUACUUAGUUCUGUGAUGGCAAUCGUGACUUGCUUGAUCGGUUUGCAAUUCGGACAUGUUAUCAUACAUUUUAAGGAUCACAAGGACAGAAUCGUUCAAUGGUUGAUUCCUUCCUUUUGUCUGUUGGCCUUGGCCUUCUCAUUGGACUUCUUCGGAAUGCGUAUGAACAAGGCUCUGUACACAUUAAGUUAUACGUGUGCCACUGCUGGAGCUGCUGGGAUGCUCUUUACUGGAGUAUAUGUGCUGGUUGAUGUCGGUGGCUAUAGGAGGCCAACCUCGGCUAUGGAAUGGUUGGGGAUGCAUGCGCUUAUGAUCUACAUUCUAAUUGGCUGCAACGUCUUCCCAGUUCUUAUCCAGGGAUUCUACUGGAGGGAGCCUCAGAACAAUCUUUUGAAGGUUAUUGGCAUUUCCUAGACCUCCUCAAUAAUUGACGAAGGAAUCAGAUUGCUGCCACAUUCUGUUGAGGAUCGUGGUCUGGCUUCUAACCCUCGUCUUCACCAAAGUAAAAGCUAUCUCAAGCGUCUAAUGCUUGGGAGACAAGACUCUAGAUGUUGUAGGCUCUGCUGUGAUGAGCACAGAGGUCCAUCCAACAGUGCCCUUUUCUGAGCCUAUUAUGUGGUGCUUGAUAACUCGAGUUGCAGACUACCAAGUUUUGUCAUGUAGUACCACCAGUUCUGGCGCUGACCAAUUUCAUGCAGUACAUGCUGUAUACCCAGUAACACCAGAUAUUUACUAUUGAUAGAGAUCUACCUGGAGGAAAUUAUUUGUCU